CCAAAUUGGGCACUAGGGAUGGGGUGCCAGGCGCCUGCCACCUUAUCUGGGUGGACCAGGUGUUGCUAGUCAGCCCCACCCUCCUCCUGGGACUUUAUGAACCAGAACCCAGGCUCCCACCCACUUCUCACCCUAGAAACCCUGCCUUUUUCUGUCAUGUGGUAGGGUACUGGAGCUCCUCUCAGAAGCUAGAACUUCAUUUCCCAUUGCAUGAAUGCAGCCUGAAUGCAGGCCACUUGACUUGGAUGCCAGCUAGCACACGAGCCCCAGACUGUUCUGUGCUCGGCUUGCCGUGCAGGCUCAGCUUCUUUGCCAUCUGCUGCUCAGCUGAGCACACGCCAAAGAAGAUGAGUCAAGGACCUACCCUUCUCUCCUGUGGAAUUAUGGAAAAUGACAGAUGGCGAGACCUGGACAGAAAAUGCCCUCUUCAGAUUGACCAGCCAAGCGCCAGUAUCUGGGAGUGUCUGCCUGAAAAGUGUCAGGAUGGCUCCCUCUGGCACCAGGAAGCGGUGACUGCCUGUGCAGUGACCAGCUUAAUCAAAGACCUCAGCAUCAGUGACCACAACGGGAACCCCUCAGCUCCCCCCAGCAAACGCCAGUGCCGGUCACUAUCUUUCUCUGACGAGAUGUCCAGCUGCCGGACGUCAUGGCGGCCCUUGGGGUCCAAAGUCUGGACUCCUGUGGAGAAGAGACGAUGCUACAGUGGGGGCAGCGUCCAGCGCUACUCCAACGGUGUCGGCCCCAUGCAGCGGAGCUCCAGCUUCAGCCUCCCUGCCCGGGCCAAUGGGCUCUCCUCACCGUGCCACCAGUCAAGCCUACACCAGCCCUUUGCGGGACAGCCCUGCCAAGGAGCACCAGGUUCAGCUCCCUGUGGACAGGUGGGCGAUGCCUGGAGCCCUGACCCACACCCCGUGGGAGGCGGCCGGCUGGACCUGCAGCGGUCCCUCUCUUGCUCACACGAGCAGUUCUUCCCAGAAUACUGUCCCCCCUCAGCCAACAGCACACCUGCCUCAACGCCAGAGCUGGCAAGACGCUCCAGCGGACUUGCCCGCAGCCGCUCCCAGCCGUGCGUCCUUAAUGACAAGAAGAUCGGUGUGAAAAGGCGGCGUCCUGACGAGGUGCAGGAGCAAAGGCCUUCUCUAGACCUUGCCAAAAUGGCACAGAAUUGUCAGACCUUCAGCAGCCUCAGUUGUCUGAGCGUGGGGGUGGAAGACCCCAGCUCCCCGAGCCCCUUUGCCCUUGUCAGCAGCACCCGAUCCUGGACCACCUUGCUCUCAGCCUCCAACCCGGGGGGCAGGACCCCUGCUGCGACCCCGGUUCCAGAGCCUGCUCCCCAUUCCUUCGACGAUCACUUCCCCUGCCAGGAGGACCUGUCGUGUGAGGAGUCGGAUGGCUGCAGUCUAGACGAGGAUUGCUGCAGGAAGGGGGAGCCGGCCGCAGCCUGGCAGGGCCUUGGAGCCGGCACGAACAGCCUCUGCUCUCUGGACGGCGAGCUGGACAUUGAGCAGAUUGAGAACAACUGAGGGGGCUGUGGGCUGCGGCCCAGGGAAGAGGCUCUGCAAUAGGUGGAGCCCAUCCACUUCCCAGGGAGCAGCUGUCACCCUGCGGUGCCCAUACUUGGGAAGGCAACUUGGCCCCACCUCACAGGCAACUGCUGGCCUCCCACCAGUUCCAUGGAACUACUGUAGCCCAAGAACAGGUUUUUUGGUUUGGUCUUCUCCUCUUUGUUCCUCAUGGAGUGCUGGGUAGCCAUUCUCCAGGAGGGCUGGGCCAGCUGCAUCCCACAGGCAGAGUGCCAGGGGCCUGAGCCCACCGUGGCCUCGCUCAGGUUCCGCCUGGGGAGUUGCCCAAAGCCUCCUUUACUUAGUUUACUCCGUGCCUUCUCUCCCAGGUCUCCCUGCCUCCGGCUUGGGAAGGUUCGGGAGACGCCUCUUGUAGUGACACCAGACCGUGUGGCCUUAAUCCAUUUGGGGCACUGUGCAGGGAUUCUGGGGGAUAAUCCGUGUCCCAUUUUUGGGGACCAGGGGAUAGGUCAGGGAUGACCAGAAGCCAUUCAUACUGGGUAGGUAUUUGGUGGUUGUGUUGACUGAAAGGUGGGCCCAUGAGUUCUCCCAUGGCACCAAGAAUCACCCACGCCUCUGCCAGCACAGGGGCUGCCUUGGCAGGGCUGGCACUGGCAGCCUUCCUACUCCCCAAUCCCCGAGGGCAGAGUUAGGUGGAUUCAGCCAAGUGUAGAGAUGUCAGUGACAAGAUGACCUCUUCAUAGUGUCCUCAGGAACUACAAGCAGGUGCAGGAGACUUGGACCUGUGUACAUUCCUGGGCAGAGGGAUGUCUACUGGCCGCUUUGCAGGCUGCCCACUUGGCAGGCAUCCCUCUGCAGUGACCUAGGCCGGGGAGCCUGCAAGUCACAGCAUUCCUAGCACAUUGUUGCUUGUUCACAGACACCGCUGGCUUUAAUCAAAGUGUACUACCACUGGCUUCAGAACACCCCCUCCCAGUCCGCUGAUGCGAACCUAGCUCUAAGGUUCUUCUCUGCAGGCCCAGCCACAGCAUGGCUUGAAUCACACUCCCCCUCACAGCUCCUCACUCCCCAGCAUAGUUCCCAGAGGGUCUCUGUUCAGCCAGCUCCCCCAUCCUCCCUGCAGACAGGCCACAGGGCUCUGCACUCUGGGACUCUGGCUUUUAGCAAACUUGGCAUCUUCUGCAGACAAUAGCAAGUGGGCUGGCUUACACAAGUGGCUUGUUUUCCCAUAAGGCUAAAAAUAACUGGUGCAUUCUCUCGAGUUCAUGGACAUGUGAUCUAGGCACUUCUGUAGUCACUCUGCUGGGCCUACCCUCCAUGGAUCCAUCCUCUGCUGGUUGAGCCGAAAUGGUUAUCUUUCUCCUAAAGAAAGAGCUCUAUGGGGCCCUUCUGUUUAAACUUUGUCAAUCCACCCGAAGGACCGAGGCUCAAGUUCUGAUGUAUAGGUAAUGUUUCUUUAAAAUCUGACCCGAAGGUACAGGAAGUCCCACUCCUAUAGCCCCGGGUUGGGUAGCAUGGUGGGUACCUGUGGUGGUGGGAGACCAGCGGGACUCAGGGCACCGGAAAACCAAAGUAGAAAGCUGGCGAAGUCAUGACAUGGGAGCCCUGCCUCGUGGCUCGUGGCGGCCACACUUUCUCUGUAUAAAACCUGGAGGAAGGUAGCUGAGAGGGUGUGGGGAACACACACCAGGGCCCAGAAAGCCCACAGUGAGAGGUUCUGGGUCUGGAGUCGUCCCACAGUCCCUGAAUCCCACCCUCCUAAGGAUGGUAGAGGCCCAGCCCUAUCCCCGGGCCCAUUUCACACAGCACGCUAAGGCCACAGCCUCCACCAGUAGCCAUCUGCCUGGCCUGUGGCCUGGGACCAGCCGCUCUGGCGGCAGGUGGGUCUGAGAAAGCUGCUGUAAUGGACGGCUUGUCUUGAGGCUACCUUCCUUAGGCCUGCUGGCUGAAGGACAGUUAUCCUUUCGGACACUGUUCCCUGGGCAGUAAAUGCUCCAAACCUGGGGUAGGGCUGGCCCUUUUCAGCUUCCUCAGGCCUCUCUGGACUGUCCCCGUCCCACUAAGGCCUCAGUCCGAGCCCUCAGCAUAGUAGCCAGAGAAGAUGGCAGGAGCUUUUCUGCUUAGAGAAAGACUGUCUUCAUUUACUUUUUGACAUUCUUUUAACUGAGCAAAGCAGGUCUCUUCUGGAAGGUGCCCAUGUGGCUUUCAGCUGCCAUGUUACCCAGACUCAUUCAUCUGCCCCAUUCACUGGAUCCAGCACCUCUGGUCUUGGAUCUCUUGGAGGAGGCUCCCACGUGCUUGGCACCACAGUCAGCAAGCAGAGUGGCUUAGCCUCCAGCGUGUGGCUUCAGCAGUCGGCUGGCUUCAGUAUGGGUGACAUUAAAAGCCUGCCUGUGAGCGCCAUUCCCCCAAAGAAGCAGAGGGUGUGCUUGAUCACUCAUUUGCCUAGGGAGCCCAAAGGUCUAGAGCAAGGUGUGGCCCCACCAGAGCCACCCAGGGGAGAGGGCCAUCCAUCACCUUGUACGCCCGCUCACUCCAAAAGCCACUGCGCUGAAAGGAGUUGCUCUCCCUGCAGGUACCUGACCUGAGUUCAGGGCGGCGGCCUAGACAGUUUACAUGACUGGCUGCCCACGCUUGCCUUACUCAUGGGUGGUGAAGGUAGAACCCGGUCCGCACCCAUGGGCUUCCUCGUGCACAGGCCCGAGGAACUUGUUCGCCCACACGUGCAGAUGCGCAGAAAGCCUUACUUAAUUUCUUUUCUAAAUUUGUAUGCAGAAAGAAAAGUUAAAUAAGAAAAACAACCACACUAAGCAGGAAGUGCCCUCUCCCCAUUUCCAGAUGGGUCAGCAGACAGACGGCAUUGUUUUUCCUCGGGCUCAUUCAAGGGCCAUAGCAGUUAGAACUCACCCCUGGAUCCUGUCCCCCAUUUCCACUGAUGCAGUUAAAAUUACUUGAAUGAUGGCCACUGAAAAUGUAAGCUAGGUGCCAGGGCUCAGGGACCCUCUGCCCAUGCAGCCCAGAUGCUGCCCCUUGCCACAUCCAUGCUGCUGGUCAGACCCCUCCCCUUGGUGCCAGGCCCCUUAAGGAGGAAGAGAAAGCGAUUUUAAAGUUGCGGACUGAUGGAGCUCCUGUAGCCUAGGUAGGAUAGCCUGACCUCCUAGCAUGGUCUCACUGACAAAUGAAUUACAUUGUCAGUGUCGGGGAUGCCCCGGGGUCAGGAGCAGAUGGUCCCGCAGGUUGUCCUGGGGCCAUGUGUGCUGUCCCCGCCAGCGGGCAGCGGUGGUACUGUUUCAGGUAGUAUGGUGACUGGCGUGGUGAGUCGGGCCCCCACCAGGGCAGCAGUCCGUGGGCAGCCUGUGCUGGGCCUCUUCACUAGCACCGCGCACCACUGCCUGCCCUCCCACACAGGCCAUGACUGCCUCGCGCUACGGUCGCUCUAGUCUCAGGAAUUCGCUUGUUACUUUUACUGUGUAAAUAAAGCUUCCUGGUCCAACA